AUGGUCGAAACUCAAGACCCGCGGCCAUCUUACGAUGGUCAGGAAACGUCUGACUUUCCUCCUUUCCCUUCAGAGGGAAAUGACCUUGAUCAAAAACCGUCGCAUCCUCUCGAAGAUCAGGAGCAUGGCUCCCCUCCGGCUGCCAAAAAGCGCCGCACGGGCGAUGGCCCCGACGGCGACAUGAUGAUCCCCGAUCAAGUCCUCAUGAUGACCGAUCAGCAUGGCGCUGGACAUAAAAUUGAAGAAGAACUGGCAUCGGCUCUUGGUGAAGGUGUCAUUGACACUGUUGAGCAAACCGAACCUACUGUUACUGAAGCUCUUCAGCACGGCGCCCAUGACACUCCUACCGAGACCCAUCACAAUUCUGAACUCAACUCGGACAUGGCUAAAAUGAUCUCUAAUAUCAUGGAUCAUACGGACCGUCAGGAGCGGACUGUCGGACUGGGAACUGUUGAAGUUCCAGCUUCGAAUGAGUUUCCCGGAGCCAAAGGCUUCGCUUUCCUGAAGGCUAAGUCUCAUUUGAAGAUUCAGAGUCUCCCAAUCCUGGAUAACCUGUCUACUCAAAUCCUAUCAUUCCUCUCAAAAAACACCUACCAGGACCUCACUGCGAUGGUCUCGGAGCCUGACUCCGAGAAUGGCCAGGCAUAUGCGACCAUGCGCUCGUUGUUCGAUCACACAAAAAGAGUCUACACCACGAAACACUCGUUCCUUCAACUGGCUGAUCUUGAAAUCACGGAUGCGGCUCAGAUUGACAUCAUCCGCAAAGCGAACCUGGCGUCCUUCGUCUCGAGCAUCUUUGGAUCCCAGGAAGUUGGAUUCGCGGACCUCAACGACCAUUUCCUGGACGUGUUUGUCCCUGAAGGCGGUCGCUUACUCAAAUCCCAGGGUGCUUUGUACCUCGAACUCAAAACUCAAGCUUUCCUUGCAGCCAUGCACAACCAGGCUCUCUCGCGCACACAGCUCCUCUACAGCCUGUUCCCGGACGACAUGGAACAGCGCUUGCUGGCCAGACGACCUGGUACCCGACAGUUGGCACCGUCCGAGACGGAUUUUGUGAACCGCCUCACGUCUCGUCGCGACAUCCUUCUUAAUAACAUCAAUGACGACGAAGCGCUGAACUCUUUGCCGGAUAAGUACCACUGGGAAGACUUCCUACGCGAUCUUAGCUCUUACAUUACUAAGAACUUUGACGCCAUUAAUACCCAACAGUCAAAGAAAGCUGUCAAAGGGCGCCAGCCCUCGACCUCGAAUGACGAUUCCCACGAGACUCCUAAUACCACACAUCAGGGCCAAUUUUCAGUCAACCAACAUGUCGAGGUCCCAGUGGACCGGAACAUGCAUGGUGACCUUGUCGCGCGUGCUGCCCGAGCCGCGCAGAUUGCUUUGCAGGGCCAUGGCCUUCGGCGCUCCCAGCAGCAAUCGCAACAGCAGCAACAACAAGUCCCUCAACAGGCGCAAUCUCAGGCUAGUCCCUCACCAAUGCCGCCGCAGCCUCAACACCAGUCGCAGCCACCGCAGCAGCAACCGCCGCCGCAAAGCCAACCCGAGAACCAGUACCUUCACGGCUACACCGCUGCACAGCAAUCACAGCCUGCGCACCAACAGCAAUACCACCAUAGCCCGCCACCCCCUGGUGGAUAUCAGACCCAACAAUCCACAUCCUUGACUUUUCAACAGAGUCCGCUGCAGGCUACUUUCCAGCAAUACAACCCUAAUGCAGCGCAAGCUAUGCAAGCGAGGGCGAAUGGCAUGUCCUCUAACCAUGGAUACAUGCCGGGGAUCCCCCAUUACUCGCAAUCACAGCCUACUCAGGUCCUUUACGAGCGUGCGCGGAUGGCUGCAUCGGCCAAGUCUUCUCCGACCAGCCGCAAAGCUGGACUUCCCAGCCAACGUCGACCCUGGACCACCGAAGAAGAAAAUGCGCUGAUGGCCGGCUUGGACCGUGUCAAGGGUCCCCAUUGGAGUCAGAUCCUUGCUAUGUUUGGACCCGGCGGCACUAUCAGUGAAGCACUCAAAGAUCGUAACCAGGUGCAGCUGAAGGACAAGGCACGCAACUUGAAGCUCUUCUUCCUGAAGAGUGGCAUUGAGGUCCCCUACUAUUUGAAGUUCGUCACCGGCGAACUGAAAACCCGUGCUCCCGCGCAGGCAGCCAAGCGGGAAGCCCGUGAACGUCAGAAGAAACAGGGCGAAGAAGACAAGGCCCACGUGGAGGGCAUCAAGGGGAUGAUGGCUCUUGCUGGAGCCCAUGGAGCCCCGGUGUCCGGCCACGAGAUGUCCGCCUCGCCCAGCCUUGCAUCCGAUGCCCAUAGCCAGUCCGUGUUUGAUCAAACGGCCGAACAGAAUCUCAUGCAGACUCUAAGCCAGGAGGUCCACGGGAGUCAGUACCCCCAGCAGCACACUCAACACAACCCGCCCACUCAGCAUUCCCAGCCCGGCCAGGACCACAUCGAUCCUCAUAUGCAGCUGGGACAGUAG